AUGGAAGUGGAGGUGGUGCAGGUGGACGCAUUCGCGGCGGAGCCGUUCAAGGGCAAUCCGGCGGCUGUGUGCUUCCUCCCCACUUCGUCGGGAGAGCACCAGCGCGGCUGGCCUUCCGACCAGUGGCUGCAGCACCUGGCGGCCGAGAUGAAUCUCUCCGAGACUGCCUUCCUCCUGCCCUCAAGCGAGGGGGAGGCGCACUACGAGCUGCGAUGGCUGACACCGACGGUGGAGGUGGAGCUGUGCGGGCACGCCACGCUCGCGGCUGCCCACGCCCUGUUCGAGUCGAAGCGCGUCGCGCCGCACCUCCCGAUUGUCUUUCACACGCGCAAGGCCGGUCUUCUCACUGUGCACAAGCAUCAAGAGUGGCUGCAGAUGGACUUCCCGGCCGAGCCGCCGGUGGCUGUUCCGCCCGCGGAGGUGCCAGCCGGCCUUCUCCCCUCGCUGGGACUCACCGAGGAUCAGGUGGUGGCGGUUGGACGCAACAGGUGGGACCUCUUCGUCGAGGUGCGCGCGGCGGCCCAGGUGGUCAGCCUGUCGCCCGAUCUCGCGCGCCUGGCCGCCGUGACCUCGCGAUGCGCCGUCGUCACCGCCCGCGCUGAGGGUCCGUCUCCCGACUCCGACUCUGGCGUCGACUUCGUCUCGCGGGUCUUUGCGCCCGCGGCCGGGGUCAACGAGGACCCGGUCACCGGCUCCGCGCACUGUGGGCUCGCGCCCUACUGGCGCCAACGGCUGCAGAAGAGCAGCCUCCGCGCCUUCCAGGCCUCCAAGCGCGGCGGGCAGCUGCGGCUCGAGGUCACCGACGAGGGGCGAGUGCUGAUCAGCGGACAGGCGGUGACCGUCUUCCACGCCCACCUGCGCCGCCCGCCCAAUUAUGAUGACGCCAGCCAGUGA